AUGUUUUCUAUUUUGCCCCUUGCAGCCGUCGUCCUUCUCUUCAUCGCAGUACAGAUCUAUCGGCUGUCGACUCAUUCAAUCCCCAGAGGUGCAAAGCCGCUGCCUGGCCCUAAAGGUGAACCGAUCGUCGGCAGUGCCAAUGAAUUGAAGAAAGGCGAAAGAGGGUACUUCUGGUUCAAAUUCACCGAAUGGGGUCGAGAAUUCGGACCCAUAUACCAGUACAGAGCCUUCGGCAAGGUGAACGUGGUGGUUGGAACAGAAAAGAUUGCCAAUGACCUUCUCCGAGAGAGGGGCGAUGUGUAUAGUUCUCGCGAACAGCUGCCUAUGGGCUCACAAUUGUUAAGCGACAAUAAGAAGGCCCUGUUCUUGCCUUAUGGCGAUGAGUGGCGUCGUGUUCGUAAGCUUCAACACCACGUAACCCAGGUCAAAGCAGCUACAUCCUACCAGCCUCUGCAGAUGCAUGAGUCGGCACGUCUCGUCCGUGACCUUGUGCAAGAGCCGAAGAGAUACCGGACUCUUUUCCAGCGGUAUGCUUCAGCUUUGAUCCUACGUCUCACUUACGGCGCAAGGAUCGACACGGGAGAAGAAGAUAUUGUCCGAUUGGUGUACGAAAAUCAACUCAAUGUCGAACGAGUGUCCGCCCCUGGUCAGUAUCUGGUUGACCUCCUGCCAAUCUUGCUCUGGCUGCCUACGUGCCUGGCUCCAUUCAAACAGGAAGCUGCGGCGCAUCGGAAACGCGAAGUAUCUCUUUUUAGUGGCUUGGUCAAGGACGUAGAGAGAGAGGUUGAAAACGGCAAGGCUGGACCAAGCUUCACCCGCAUGUGGCUGGAGAACAAGCAGAAGUUCGGCCUCUCGGACCUUCAGGGCACAUACGUUCUUGGAGGCUUAUAUUCGGCGGCUGCUUCGACCACAGCGUCUCUAGCCAUGAGCUGGGUCUUACUGAUGGUGCGCAACCCAGAAUGGCUUGGUCUCAUGCAAGAGGAGCUUGACCGAGUCGUUGGUCCGAACCGACUUCCAGUCUUCGAUGAUCUACCGCAGCUGCCAACCGUCAGAGCUGUAGUCAAGGAAGUGGCCAGAAUGAGACCUGUCACCGCUGGAGGUAUUCCCCACAAAACUACGGCUGACGACGUCUACGGCGGCUGCUUUAUUCCAAAAGGGAGCAUGAUUCACCCAAAUCUCUGGGCAAUACAUCACGAUCCAGAACUAUACCCUGAGCCGUACAAGUUCAACCCCAACAGAUGGCUCGACCCAAAAUUCCCGACAUAUCGAGAGCCGCUCACCCAGUACCCCAACAUGAACAACUACUCUGUAUUUGGGUUCGGACGUCGGCUCUGCCCAGGAGCGCACAUUGCCGAAAGGAGCCUGAAUAUCAUUGUUGCACGAGUUGGCUGGGCAUGUACCAUCAGCAAGAGCGUAGACAAGGCCACAGGCAAGGAAAUCACUCCCCCGGAAUACGACUAUGUUCGAGGCAUGAACACAGAGCCUCAUGAGUUCCCAUUUGAGCUCAAAUGUCGCUCGCCUGAACGGUGGAAGGUCCUGGAAGACGAAGCCCGGAAGGCAGCCGAGGCAUUGAACCAGCCUAUGAUCUGA